UAUAGGUCCUCAUUCAUCCACGCUGUCAUUUUAGGAGAAAAAAGAAAAAGCACAAAAGCUGUGUCUGUUUAUGAUCCUAUAGAACAAUGGAGUACCAUACUCAUUUGGAAAAUUUGGAUGAAGAUGGGUAUACUAAGUUAGACUUUCACUCUAAAGGCACUGCCAACAGACCUGUAUCAGAGAAAGGAUCUCCUGGUGUAUCUCCUCCUUGGCGACUCAUUGCUGUGACUUUGGGAAUCCUAUGCUUGGUCAUACUGGUGAUAGUUUUGGUCCUGGUUGCCCUAGCAUUUUGGAGAUCCAAUUCAGGGAGCAACCCACUGGAGAAAGACAACGUGCCAUCAAGAAAUAAAGAGAAUCACAUUCAGCCCACAAAACCAGCGUUAGAAGAGAAAGUGGCUCUAACUAAGGCUCUCAAAACCACAGGAGUCUUUUCUGGUCCUUGUCCCUCUAAUUGGAUCACACAUGAGAAGAGCUGUUACCUGUUUAGCAUGUCACUAGACUCUUGGUAUGGAAGUAAGAGAGGAUGUUCUCAGCUGGACUCUAAUCUCUUGAAGAUAGAUACCUCAGAAGAACUUGUAAGUGCAGACUUAAGCUGUAAUUAUCUAUCAUCUUUAUUAAGAGAGAUGUUCACACAAUAA